CGCGCUUCAGUUAGCGGCCAUGUAUCUUGUGACAUUACAGCGGAUGGGGUAAAAGUAAAACAGUAAACAGUAAAAGUGGGCGGGGACAUCGCAGCUGAGCAAGAUGUCACAAACAUGAAGGACAGAGACCAGUGUUAGCUCCGCCGCUGCCCGUUGUGUCGAUCUGACCGGGAUGGACUUCGUCUUGAGCGGCGUGGCGGCCUGCGGAGCGUGUCUCUUCACCAAUCCGCUGGAGGUCGUCAAGACGCGGAUGCAACUUCAAGGGGAGCUGAAGAGCCGCGGCACCUACCAGGUUUACUAUCGCAACGUUUUCCACGCUUUCUACACGAUUGGUAAAGUGGACGGACUGGCCGGCUUGCAGAAAGGGCUGGUCCCCGGACUGUUUUAUCAGUUCUUCAUGAAUGGAGUCCGGCUCGGCUCCUACGCCAUCAUUGAGUCGGCAGGUUACAUCCACACCAACGGAAGGGUCAGCGCGGUGAAAACCACGUUAGCGGGAGCUAGUGCUGGGGUGGUGGGCGCCGUCAUGGGCAGCCCUGUGUACCUGGUGAAGACUCAUCUGCAGAGUCAGUCGACCUCCUCCAUCGCAGUGGGACAUCAGCACAGACACGAGGGGAUGAUCCAUGCUCUCAAAGUCAUCUACAGGCAGCAUGGCAUUCUGGGACUGUGGAGGGGCUCCAGUGCUGCUAUACCAAGGGUCAGCGUAGGCUCUGCAACCCAGCUCUCAACUUUCUCCUCCUCUAAGGAGCUAGUCGUCGACCUGAAGGUUUUCCCGCAGGACAGCUGGUUCGUGCCUCUCAGUGCCGGCAUGAUCAGCAGCGUGAUGGUGGUGCUGGCGAUGACGCCUUUCGAUGUGAUUAGCACGCGACUCUACAACCAGCCUGUCGACCAUUCAGGAAAAGGGCAGCUUUACAAAGGAUUCAGUGACUGCUUCUCCAAGACUCUGAAAAAGGAGGGCCUCACAGGACUCUACAAAGGCCUGGGAGCCUCUUAUUUCCGACUCGGCCCACACACCAUUCUGUCCCUGUUCUUCUGGGAUGAGCUGCGCAGAUUGUACCAGAAGCUCAGAUAACAUCAGGGAAGCCAGAAACAAAAAAGGGUAACUCAUUGUGCAGAGGUGAAAUGAAUCUUCAUUCAAGGAUGCAGAGGGAAAAACUAGGAGAUUAUCUGUUUACUUAUUUUUACUGCAAAGGAGCAAAGGUUUCCUUCAACACUCCACUGAGAAAACACAUUAAGCUUGAAAUAUGCAGAAAAUUAGGUCUGAAACUUCACCCAGAAGCUCAAUCAUUAAUGGAACCGUCUUGAUUUGUCUCAUUGCUACAUGUGAACACACGCAGUAUGUCGUAUAGGGCAAACACGUCUACCCCUUAUGACUCUAAUUACAUCAUUCCAAAGCAUUUCAAAUGUGCACUUUAUGCGUUAUGGAGAAAGCAUCACAUGAGCCCAAGAUGCAGCCAAAUCAUUUCUACCGUCUGAAUAGACUUGUGACCCCAUUGCAGCCUGAGUUUGACCCCAUCUGACUCGCAGUGUAAUGUUGAAACAUGGUUUAAUUGCUGAGGGAAAAUCUGUCCUCGGUGCAAGUGCUGCUUGUUAAACCAGAAUUUCUCGAAUUAGUUUGAGUUUCUGAAGAGUUCUUGAAUGAAGUGCAAAUAAGGAAGAAUUGUUAUUUUAAGUGGUCAAAUAAAACAGAAACUUUCAUAGAAA